AGCCUCACCCCUCCUACCCUCCCCCUCCUCACCACGCCCUCGCACCAUGUCGUCCCUCUUCAGAUCCUCGACGGCGUCGCUUCGGGUCGCUUCGAGCUCCCUCCGAUCCAACAUCGCACCUGCCCAGCGUGGUAUCGCAUCGAAGAUCCUCUCUCCGCCCACUGUCAGGUCUUCCUCUGGUCGUCUGUCCCUCCCCUCCUCGUCCCGUCUGGCCAGUUCUGACUCGUCUCAGCCAAAGGAGAUGACUGUGCGAGACGCUCUCAACAGUGCAAUGGAGGAGGAGAUGCUGCGAGAUGACAACGUCUUUGUCCUCGGUGAGGAGGUCGCCCGCUACAAUGGAGCUUACAAGAUCACAAAGGGUCUCCUAGACAAGUUUGGAGAGAGGAGAGUCAUUGACACGCCCAUCACCGAGGCCGGUUUUGGUGGUCUGGCCGUGGGAGCUGCCUUGGCUGGUCUGCGACCCGUGUGCGAGUUCAUGACCUUCAACUUUGCCAUGCAGGCCAUUGAUCAGAUUGUCAACUCGGGAGCAAAGACUUACUACAUGAGCGGUGGUAAUGUGCCCUGCCCCGUUGUAUUCCGUGGACCCAACGGUGCCGCUGCUGGUGUGGGAGCUCAGCACAGCCAGGACUACUCUUCGUGGUACGGUCAGAUUCCCGGUAUGAAGGUCAUCUCUCCCUGGUCCGCCGAGGACUGCCGAGGACUCCUCAAGGCUUCGAUCCGUGAUCCCAACGUGACCGUCUUCCUGGAGAAUGAGAUCCUCUACGGCCAGUCCUUCCCUGUUACCCCCGAGGUCCUGUCAGACGACUUUGUCCUGCCCAUUGGCAAGGCCAAGGUGGAGCGAGUCGGAAAGGACAUUACCCUCGUUGCCCACAGCAUUGCGGUCAACUACUGCAUGGCAGCGGCUGAGCAGCUCAAGAAGGAGGAGGGCAUUGAGGUCGAGGUGAUCAACUUGCGAUCUAUCCGACCCCUGGACAUCAACACCAUCAUCGAAUCGGUCAAGAAGACCAACCACAUGGUGACAGUCGAGUGUGGUUUCCCUAGCUACAGCGUCGGAAGCGAGAUCAUUGCCAACAUCAUGGAGAGCGACGCCGCCGACUACUUCGACAACCACCCAGAGAGGAUCACCGGAGCCGAUAUCCCCACUCCCUACGCCGCUAACCUGGAGAAGCUCUCCUUCCCCAAUGCCGAUCUGGUGGCAAAGGUGGCAAAGCGAAACAUGUACCGAUCGUAGACUAUCGCGGGGUAAAAUCCGAUGGAGUGGAGGAGCAGAGCGGUUGUAUAUCCGAUGCAGGUGCGGUAGAUACGGAGGGAGAAAGGAGAGUGGAAGGAGCACUAAGGGGGCCAAGGAGGAAUCGCCGAAGAGAGUCCUGGCACUCUCUUUCUUGCUCUCUUCCCUUCUUGUUUACCACCUCAUUCUCCUCCACCGCUAUCUUCCCUUCCCUCCCUCGAUCUGACUGACUGGCUUAGUGGAACGGGGUUUUCAAUGCCAUCAACAAUCUCAGCGAUACGUGAGAAUCUGCCUGACUAUCUAUCUGCCUGGUUUGCUUUACCUGGCAACUUUCUCUGUGGGUGUGUGUAUGGACGAGAUGAACCUUGACAAAUGAUGAACAGAUACUAUUACAAUGAAGUGUGGAAAGGUGUAGAGGCGGGC